UCAGAGCUUUUCAGCCAUUGAUAGUGGUUUUUCGAGAACUUGUAAGAAAGAGUUAUGGCGAUUGUAGUAGAUAAUGAAUUGCCAGAGAAAUUAGGUCAUAAUCAUCCUCUGUAUCUCAGUUCAUCAGAUACUUCUGGAGUGGUUUUGAUCUCUAUUCAAUUGACUGGAUCAGAAAACUAUUUUGUAUGGAGCCGUUCGAUGAAGAUAGCCAUACUUGGUAGGAACAAGUUGGGAUUGAUCGACGAAAAGUGCAGGAAGGAAGGUUUUGGUCCAAAUUUAGUAGAUCUAUGGGAACAGUGUAAUGCAAUUGUUCUUUCAUGGAUAAUGAACUGUGUUUCGAAGGAGUUACUAAGUGGAAUUGUUUACUCUUCUGAUGCUUGUGAUGUAUGGAGAGAUCUCAAUGAGAGAUUUGACAAGGCUGAUGGAUCAAGGAUUUUUCAGUUACAUAGGGAGAUUGUUACUGCAAAUCAGGGGACAAGCACCAUAUCUGAGUAUUUCACUCGUUUGCUAUUACUUUGGGCUGAGUUUGAUUGUCUAGCCCCUUUUCCUGGAUGUGCUUGUGAGAAAUCCAGAGAUUUCAUGGAGUUCAUGCCCAGGCAAAAGCUAAUGCAGUUUUUGAUGGGCCUUAAUGAAUCUUAUGAGCAAGCUCGAGGACAAAUUCUGAUGUUAAUUCCAUUGCCUUCUGUGAACCAGGCUUAUUCGAUGAUGAUUGCACGUGAGAGUCAAAGGAGUAUGGCUCAUGCUAUUGGUCCAAUGACGCACAUGGAAGUUGCUGCUUUGAUAGCUGGAAGAAAUGCUUCUUCUCACAAAUUCAAAAAGGACUGGAAUGUUCAAUGUGACUAUUGUAAGAAGAUGGGACAUGCUAGGGGAAAUUGUUACAAACUGAUAGGAUAUCCACCAGAUUUCAAGUUUAGGAAGAGAGUUGGAAAUCCUAAUACUCCUGAUCCACGAGGAGGUGAUCAAAGGAGUCAAGCUCAUACUGGGAAGACUGAUGAUGGGGCUCAUUCUGAGACUGGACAAAAUAGAUCUGCUUGUGUUCACAACAGUAGAAAUGUAACCAGUCAGGGUAAAAGUAUGAUGUUAUCUGAUUCUCGCAGUGAAGGGGAGAAUUCUGGAAGAUACUCUGAUGAUUGGAACAAAGGAACAGGGUCUCCUUCUUACUCUCACAAUCAAUAUAAUCAGAUGAUGCAACAUAUGGAUAAUCAACAUCAUUACAAUCAAUUCAGGAGGUUAGUGGACAAAGACACUGUUGGUGAAAGUUCAAACAUGAAUUGUCUCUCUGAUUCAGCCAAUAUGGGAGGACCUCUCAAGUGGGAAGGUGUUGGAGAUUGGUGAAGAGAAUGAUGGACUUUACUUGUUGAAUCAUAAAGGAUCAACAGACAAUAAUGAACAUCCAGUUAGAGGACUGUUAGC